GGGACAUUUAACAAACAAGCAGGAGUUUCCGUUCUCCGUCGGCGUCAAUGAUUUGCUGGUGGUGUCUUUGGGAAACGGAGAAUCGGACUCCGGCACCGUCAAUCUGACGCCGUCAUCAUUCGUUAAGAUUGUUGGAUGUGGAGUUUCGGACAUGGUGGACCAGGCAGUAUUAAUGGCAUUUUCCCAGUCCGGCAGUAAAAGCAACUACAUUCGUAUUCAAGGCCAGGGGCAUUUCGGGAAGAAGAAGAAAGACCGGAAAUCGGAAUCGGAAUCCGCCAUGGCAGACGAAAUGCUGAACCAGAAGAGUGUGGAAUCGGUCUUAUUCCAAGGCAAGAAGUUGGCCCAAGCUUCAAAUCUGGAAAAACUGGACAAUUUCGCUUCUGAAUUGGUGGAUGAACAAGACCGGAGAAGCACGUGCGUUUUGCAGGCGGUGGUCCUGAAGCAAGCUGCCACGUCGGCGUCGUCUCCGAGGACUUCCUCCUCCACGAUUUUAUCCUCGAAUUCGUCCUGUUAAUUGCUUGUUAAUCGUUAUUUUUGUUGUCAAUUAUUAGGUAGUAGUAGUAGCUAUUCGAGAUAAUUGAGUAUCUACGAAAGCUACUUUAAUUAAUUACUUUAGGUUAGGCGUAUGAUUAGAGUUUGGUCGAGUAAUUAGCUAUUGAUGAAGCGAGUUAAUGUCUGUUUUGUGACUGUCAUAGCUAAAAUGAAUUGUUUUAUAUAGAGCCUGUUUGGUAGCACCAAAAUCGGCUGUUUUGGC